AUGCGGUUCUCUUUCUUCCUGUUCCUUCUCGUCGCCACUCUGUGCCAUUCUAACAUCGAAGAAGACGACGACGAAAUGAUGGACGAGUUCAUUUGCGACUCGGAUGACUGCACAACUACCGAAUGCGAAUCGUUGACGGUGCGUCAACUCAUCAACAAUCUGCCAUGAGCUUUCCGCCUCUUUCAGCCCGACACGACGCCCGUCUUCGACGCGAGCACCGUCAUAGAUGACACGACCGUCACCACACUCAUGUACUCGGGCGAAUGGGAUUACUCUUCCGACACUGAAUCACCGGCAACCGGUGACGUCGUCGCAGUCGAUCGGAACUUCCUGGUCAGUUAGAUUUGGUCCUUCUUUUUCGCGGACUCUCCUUGUUUCAGACAUCGGACAAGUUCGCUUUCCCGAAAACAGACCCACCUUCCAUCGAAGAGUCAAAGAAGAACCACGCUCAUCAGGAACUCUAA